ACGGCAGGGCAGGAUGGCGCAGGGCCCCGGGCCCCGGGAUCUUUGCUCACAGGGACGAGGGCGGCAUCACGGCUCUGCAGCUCGAGGUCCCAGGUGCGGUCCCCGCGCCACCACAGCCGGGCCGCGCGGGGCUCCGUUAAGAACAAGAAACACAAUCUCGAAAAGCAAAAGGCCACACCAGCAGCGCCCGCCCGCCCGCCCGCCCGCAGCCGGGGACGGCGACGCCCCGCAGGCCCCGCUUCCGGGAGCCGCAGCCGGCGGCCGGAAGUCCACGCCGUCGCCAUGGCAACGCAGAGCGGCGAGGACCCGGGCCCGGGCCGUCCCCCGCCCUGCCUGCGGCGGCCGCGCAGCAAUCCCGGCGGCUCACGAGACUCCAGGCGUCGUGGGGGCUGCGGGGGCGUGUGGACCCGCCUCUGCCCUGCACAGCUGUCCUGACGAGCGGCUUCUUCUUCCCGUUCCGGACGGGCGGGCGCGGGGGACGCCCGCGGGGAGGCGGGGCCUGGCGCCUCUCCCACAAGGCCGCGCGCCGGGGGCCUUCGGCCUCUUCCGCCGUGUCGGGGCCCGAGCGGGUGGCAGCGCGUCGGUCGCGGACGUCGGGCAGGUCGCGGGACUCGGAGCUGCAGCGAUGGCGGGCAGGCUGUGGUGCAAGGCCACCUUUGCGGGAUACAAGCGCGGCCUGCGCAACCAGCGGGAGCACACGGCGCUGCUGAAGAUUGAGGGCGUGUGUGCGCGCACAGACACGGACUUCUACCUGGGCAAGAGAUGCGCCUACGUGUACAAGGCCAAGAACAACACGGUGACACCGGGUGGGAAGCCUAACAAGACCAGAGUGAUAUGGGGAAAGGUGACACGGGCUCACGGCAACAGCGGCAUGGUGCGCGCCAAGUUCCGCAGCAACCUUCCUGCCAAGGCCAUCGGGCACAGGAUCCGGGUGAUGCUGUAUCCAUCGAGGAUUUAGAUUUACUGAAAAAUAAAUAAAAUUAUAGAUUUGUUUUCGUUGUA